AUGGUGAGUUUGAACUGGAGUUAUUAAGGCAACAAUGGAUCUGACCACUGGCACGAGUUACACCCUAUUGCCAAUGGAGACUGUCAAUCUCCUAUUGAUAUUAAAACCAAAGAAGUAAAAAAAGAUGCAUCUCUGGGGCUUCUCCAGAUCACUAAGAAACCUUCCACAUGCAAAGAGAUUGUCAAUUUUGGACAUGCAUUCCACAUGAGUUUUGAGGAUAAGGACAAUCAAUCAGUGCUGACAGGUGGACCUCUCAAUGGAACAUACAGAUUGUGGCAGUUUCAUUUCCAUUGGGGCCAAACAGAUGAGCAAGGCUCAGAGCACACAGUGGGUGUAAGGAAAUAUGCCUCGGAGCUUCAUCUCAUUCACUGGAACACGGACAAAUAUUCGAGUGCAGCUGAGGCUCUUGACAAGCUGGAAGGCUUGGCAAUUGUCACUGUUUUCCUGAAGAUACCAGCAAACCCAUCCCUCUGAAUUGUCUUGAAGGCCUUGGAUUCAGCAAAGACUAAGGGUAAGCAAGAUUCCUUUUCUGAUUCUGAUCCUUCAAGCCUACUGCCUAAAUCCAUGGAUUACUGGACCUACAAGGGCUCUCUGAGACCUCUGGCAUCUAGGUUAUCCUUAAAGACGCAAUUCGUAUCAGCUCAGAGCACGUACACUUAUGCUGAGUAA